UGCAGAGUAGGACCUAAAGUAGAUUUCCUCUUUGCCCUCUCUUUCCUCACUCCUAUUUUGGGAAAAAAACACACCACUGCAGAGAUUAAAGCUAACACUCAGCAUGGCAUCUGCAAGCUCUUCGCAGUCAACAUUCAGGCUGGGCCGCAGUAAGAAGAGCCCAACUGUUAUGGAUCAGAUCGGAAAGUUCUUUGGAGGGGAUAAAAAGAAGAAGGGAAAGGGAUCUUUUCGUGGUGGCUUGUCUGCAUCACCUCAAAGAUCGAGCGCAUCUCCUCGUCGCCGUCCAGAUGAGAAUGCUGUUGUGCACUUUUUCAGAACCAUUGUUUCUCCCUCUACCCCCAAAUCUAGGAGAGACCAGAAAUCACAGAGCUCCACCAAAGGCCAAAAGAGACGUGGAGACACUUUAACCCGGAUCUUCAAAAUGGGAGGAAGCCAGUCUGCUUCAUCUACCAAGCGUUGAAACCUUAUUACCUUUGUGGAAAGCGGAAAAGGAUGGAAAACGAAUGCAAAAAAAAAAAAAGUUUUUUUUAAAUUUUGUUUUCUAAUACAGUAACAUUGACUUGAAAAAGCUUUUGCAUUGAUGUUACAACACAAUUUGUGUCUUCUGAAUUAUUCCUGUUCAGUAUUGUCAAACUUGUACUGACAUAGUUGUGUAUAAUCUUUGAUCUUUGAAAUGGUUUUGUCUUGUCUCUGUAGUGUCAAUACUCACCUUUACACAGCUUAAGUGUAACCAGCAUAUUGUGUACUAGACCUCAAAUGUGUUUUCUACACCUUUUACAUGUUGAUGAACAGUCUUCUCUGUACAGUUUGAUGGGGUCUGCAAGGAGGUGGUCUGCAUGCCAAAAUCUAUAACAUAUGUUCUGACAUCCACAAUGUAUAUUUUACUUCCAACCACAAACUGUUUUUUUAAAUGUGUGUUUGGUUCCGGAGAUUUCUAAUGAAUUUGGUAACCAUAGAUUACUGCACAUAGUUUGAAUAUGACUGAUUCUGUGCCCUUUGCACAUCAUAGUUUGAGACUUCAUUUUCUAUUCAUACAAAAACAACUGGAAAAAGGGUUCUUAUUUAAACUAAAUAAUAUUUGAUGUCUUCUGUGUUUGUUACACCUAAUUAAUGGUGACAAUUAAAAGUGUGAAACUUU